CUCUUAAAAAAAGAUAUAUACACUAUAUGCAAUGAAAUAAAGUAAAAUGUAUAAAAAAUGAUAUUAUUUGAAAGUUUAACAAAUACAAGAAGAAACAUCGUCCUUACAUUAAUAAUUAUAUUAUAUAUGUAUAGAGUUGACGCCGCCCCCGCCUAAUUUCACUGCCACAUCUGUGUCGGAAGAGAGAUCACUACUUCGAAGCUUUUUCGAAGUCUUAUUCGAACGCAACUAAAUAUUUGAAGUUGCGCUCUUGCUUUUGCUUCUUCUUACUACUCGCUUCCUUUGCGACAUCUCAACCGAUCCAGACGUGGUAAGUGUAAUUCCAAUUAAUUUAAUAAAAUUAUCUAAUAUAUAAAAUUCUCGUGUCACAGUUUUCGUUGCCAUACUCCUCCGAAACGGCUUGACCGAUUUUGAUGAAAUUUUUUGUGCUUAUCCGGUAUCUAUGAGAAUCGGCCAUCAUCUAUUUUUCAUCCCCCUAAAUGUUAGGGGUAGUCCACCCCUAAAUUUUUAUAUUUAUUUUUUAGACAAAAUUUUUAAUUUCUCUUUUUUUAUGAUACAACAUACAAAAAUACAUACAAUCCUCAAUUUUCACCCUUCUACGAUCAACCCUUAUUUUUUAAUAGCCAUUUUAGUAAUUUAAUCAUUUUUCCUCUCCGGUCGAAAACUGAUCAAUCGUCAUUUAAUUAGUUAUCCCCGCCAGAUGUCUACGGGUGUCACUUCUGACCCAGUAAACAGCAAGGAGUAGGGAUGAGAACGAAGCCGGUCCCCUUUCUUUCUCACUCCCUACACAGUUGUCGCUCAUCAUUAUUGUUUAUGCAUCAAGUGUAGUAGUAACGUUGACAAUUAUUAUUUUGCUAUCUCAGUGUAACUCUCAUAUUAACUUUUAAUCAUUCCUAUUUUAUCAAUAAUAAUAAUUAGAUUAUCAAUUUUGAGUGUAUUUUUCACGAUUACUUAAUCAAGUGAUUUUAUAACCUCAAAAGUACUCAACACGUGACACGAGCUUUCAAUAACAACGGAUUUUGUGUUUGAGCAAUGCCAAGAAAACGCAAAGGGGCUGAUUUGAGCCGCAGUACAAGCAAAGCUCGAAAGUUGCGAAAUAGCAGAUCCGAAAGAACAGAAGAACAAAUCCAGCAACAAAAUACUGAUGCACGUGUCAGAAUGGCGCAAUUGCAUCAAGAAGAGCCAGAAGAUACACGAGCUGAACGCAAUGAAGUCAGAAGAUUAGAACAACGACAAUCACGCCGUUUCACAGUCAAUAGACGAAGAACAAAUGACCAACAACGACAACAGGUACAUCGAGCAUUUAUAUCUGAUUCAUUCCUGCGUCUAGCAUUCCAGUAUGAGCCCGAUAUUGAAUAUUAUGCUCAUUCAAAAGUGGUAAUUGGUGCUAUGGACAAGGAAUGUCCGCAUUGUCAUGCUCUGAAAUUCAAAAAUGAGCCAGCUGGGAUGUGUUGCGCGUCAGGAAAAGUGCAACUACCUGAAAUUGAAACACCACCUGAACCAUUGAACGGCUUACUUAUCGGCACGGAUCCAGAUUCUAACGUGUUCCUGAAGUCAAUUCGAAGAUUCAAUUCAUGCUUUCAAAUGACAUCGUUCGGAGCAACAGAAAUAGUUCGAAAUACUAAUGCAAAUGGUCAACAAUUCAAUUCUACAUUCAAAAUCAGAGGCCAAGUUUAUCAUAAAAUGGGCUUACUGCUGCCAAUGCCAAACGAACCACACAAAUUCUUACAAAUCUACUUUAUGGGCGGCGAGGAUUCCGGAAGCGCACUUGCCAAUCGCGUGAAUGCACGUUGUGAUUAUAAUAACCUUGAUUCACUUUAUGCCAGGCGCAUCGUCAGCGAGCUAGAUGCUCUUUUGAACGAGCACAACGAGUUGUUGAAAAUAUUCAAAUCACAUAUGCACCAAUUACAAAGCGAUAAUCACGCUAUCGUCAUUAAUCCUGAUAAAACACCAGCUGGAGAGCAUAUUCGUAGAUUCAAUGCACCCGUUGUUGAUGAUGUUGCUGGAAUCAUGGUUGGCGAUUGUACAGCUGCACGAGAAAUUGUGAUUGGUUGAAGAAAUAAUAAUCUUCAGUUAAUUGCUGACACACAUCGUUCAUAUGACGCUCUCCAAUAUCCGCUAAUAUUCUGGAAGGGACAAGACGGAUAUUGCAUAAACAUAAAACAACGAGAUACCGUAUCAGGAGCUGAAACAAACAAGAACGUUAGCUCAAAGGAUUAUUAUGCGUACCGAUUAAUGAUUAGACGUGGCCUGGACAACGUCAUUUUACGAUGUCGUGAGCUUUGUCAACAAUUCAUGGUCGACAUGUACGCGAAGAUUGAGAGCGAACGACUACGAUACUUACGAUAUAAUCAACAAAAGCUGCGCGCGGAAGAGUACAUUCAUUUGCGAGACGCUAUCAACAACAACGCCGACGUCGCCGAAAUCGGUAACCAUGUCAUUUUACCAUCAUCGUACGUAGGCAGUCCACGUCAUAUGCAAGAAUAUAUACAGGAUGCUCUGACUUUCGUGCGCGAAUAUGGACGACCAUGUUUAUUUAUCACGUUCACAUGUAAUCCAAAAUGGCCAGAGAUUACAUCUUUGCUACUGCCUGGCCAAAAUGCAAUACAUCGCCAUGACAUUACAGCACGUGUGUUCAGACAAAAGUUGAAGUCUUUAAUAAGUUUCAUUACUAAAUCACAUGUAUUUGGUCCCACACGUUGCUGGAUGUAUUCGGUUGAGUGGCAAAAGCGAGGAUUACCUCAUGCACACAUUUUGGUUUGGUUCAUCGACAAAAUCCGUCCUGAAGAAAUCGAUAGCAUCAUUUCUGCGGAAAUUCCAGAUCCAUCCACUGACCAACUGCUGUUUGAUAUUGUUACAACAAACAUGAUUCAUGGUCCAUGUGGUACUCUUAAUAGUUCAUCGCCUUGCAUGGCUGAUGGAAAAUGUACUAAAAAUUUCCCUAAAGAUUUUACCAAUGAUACGGUCACAAAUGUCGACGGAUACCCAAUAUAUCGUCGAAGAAAUCCUGAAAAUGGCGGACAAUCAUUUAUUAAAAAUAUCAUCAACACAGACAUUGAUAUUGACAAUCGUUGGGUGGUGCCAUAUUCGCCUCUGCUGAGCAAGACAUAUAAUGCUCAUAUUAAUGUUGAGUUCUGCAGUUCUGUGAAGAGCAUCAAAUACAUUUGCAAGUAUGUCCAUAAAGGCAGUGAUAUGGCUGUGUUUAGAGUUGGAAAAUACUAAUGUGAAUGCUCCUCCAGUGAAUAAAAACGAUGAAAUAACGCUCUACAAAAUUGGUCGGUACAUCAGCUCCAAUGAAGCUGCUUGGCGUAUCUUUGGUUUUCCAAUUCAUGAACGGGAUCCAGCAGUUGUUCAGUUAGCCAUCCAUCUUGAAAACGGUCAGCGUGUAUUUUUCACGAACGAGACAGCGAUUGAUCGUGCAAUAAAUCCACCUAAAACUACACUCACUGCAUUUUUUGAAUUGUGUAAUCGUGCGGAUGAUUUUGGUGCCUUUGCACGAACAUUACUCUAUUCACAAGUACCACGCUAUUUCACAUGGACUCAAACAAAAACAUGGAUGCCCCGCAAGCAAGGCUCACCAGUUGCUGCAUGUCUCAAUUUAUUUAAAUCAAACGCCUUGGGGCGAUUAUUUACAGUCAAUCCAAGACACACGGAGUGCUUUUAUCUUCGACUGUUGUUGGUUAAUGUUACUGGCCCAUUAUCAUUUCAAGAUAUACGUAAAGUGAAUGGGCAACAAUAUCCAACGUAUAAAGAUGCAUGCCUUGCACUCGGCUUGCUGGAAGACGACAACCAGUGGGAAUGCAUGCUUGCUGAAGCUGCAUUGAACUGUACAGCAAUACAAAUUCUUCUACUAUUCGCUAUAGUGUUGACUACAUGUUUCCCAGCCCGAGCACAGAUAUUAUGGGAAAAUCACAAAGAUUCAAUGACUGAUGAUAUAUUGCAUCAACAUCGUAUACGGUGCCACGAUCUAACCAUAACAUUCAGCGACGAAAUGUACAAUGAAGCAUUGAUUGCUAUUGAGGAUCUUUGCAUUGUCAUUGCCAACUUACCACUUAGUAAUUUCGGUAUGAAUUCGCCAAAUCGAACUGCAUCUGAUUUAAUGAAUACUGAAAUGAAUCGUGAACUGCAGUACAGUACUGUAGAAAUGGCAGCGAUUGUUGCCCGCAAUGUCCCACUAAUGAAUGAGGAACAAAGAACCAUUUAUGAUCGCAUUAUGCUCGCAGUUUCAGCUGGACAAGUUGAGUUCUUCUUUUUGGAUGCACCGGGUGGAACUGGCAAAACAUUCGUUAUUUCGCUAAUUCUUGCUGAAAUACGAUCAAAUAAUGGCAUCGCAUUGGCCGUUGCAUCAUCGGGCAUUGCAGCAACUUUAUUGGAUGGAGGUAGAACAGCUCAUUCAGUAUUUAAGCUGCCACUAAAUAUUCAGAAUAACCCUGACGCAGUAUGCAACAUUAAGAAACAAUCGUCCAUGGCCACUGUGCUGAAACGGUGUAAAAUUAUUAUUUGGGAUGAAUGUACUAUGGCACACAAACAUUCACUUGAGGCGUUGAACAGGACAUUGAAAGAUAUUAAAAACAGUGACAAACUAUUUGGCGGAACUCUGUUGGUCCUUUCAGGUGAUUUCAGAUAAACACUUCCAGUCAUUCCACGUUCAACAUACGCUGAUGAGAUCAACGCUUGCUUAAAAUCAUCUCCAUUGUGGCGUAAUGUUGAAAAAUUACAGCUAAAAAUAAAUAUGCGCGUUCAAAUGCUUCAAGAUCCAUCCGCUGAAACAUUUUCAAAACAGCUUUUAGAUAUCGGUGAUGGAAAAGUUGCUAUAGAUGAAACUGGAUACGUAAAAUUACCGACCGAUUUCUGCACAAUCGCUGAUUCGCAAGAUACUCUCAUUGAACAAAUAUUUCCCGACGUACACACACAGUACAUAAAUCAUGAGUGGCUUGCAGAAAGAGCGAUUUUAGCGGCAAAAAAUGUAGACGUUGACAAUUUAAAUCUGAAGAUACAAAUGUUGUUGCCAGGGAACUUGGUAUCAUAUAAAUCUAUUGAUACAGUUUGCGACGACAGCGAAGCAGUAAAUUUUCCCACAGAGUUUUUGAACUCACUGGAUUUGCCAGGCAUGCCACCACAUAAUUUACAAUUAAAGGUUGGAUCUCCAAUUAUCUUGCUUCGUAAUUUGAACCCGCCCCGGCUGUGCAACGGUACGCGAUUAGUCAUUCAAAAAUUAAUGAAAAACGUGAUCGAAGCCAGGAUUUUAAAUGGCAAGUUCAGAGGUGAAAAUAUACUCAUACCACGGAUUCCUAUUAUACCUACAGAUGUGCCAAUUCAAUUCAAACGUCUUCAGUUUCCGAUUAGAUUGGCAUUUGCAAUGACUAUCAACAAAUCCCAAGGUCAAACGAUGUCUGUUUGUGGAUUAGAUUUGAGAACACCCUGUUUUUCACACGGACAAUUAUACGUGGCAUGCUCGCGAGUGGGUAAACCAUCCAGUUUGUUUGUGUUAGCUAAGGAUGGACUAACAAAAAAUAUUGUUCACGCUAUAGCAUUAAGAGAUUGAUAUUGUUUAAUAGUGUUAUUGUCGUAAUUGUUUAAUUAAUGAUAUAUAAUUUUAAGGAAUAA